AUGUAGUUAUCAGAUACAAAGAAUGAAUAGUCAAAGGAAAGUGGGAAUCGGUGAGAAACACAUGUUGGAAGAAAAUUUAAAUAAGCUCUCUCUCUCUUUUUCUCUCUUUUCCUCCGUAGCUGGAUCACGAAAACGAUCACGGAAGUCUGUUGAUAAUCUUGAGGGGUGUUAAAUGCCCGUGUGUACAAUGCGCUCACGCACGUCUCAGAAAGGGAGAAAACGCUUGGUCGGGCCACGUGGAGAACAGGAGAUGGGUAGGUAGAUAGGUAGGUAGGUAUGGCACGAACAAACGCAGGAAGAGCACGACGACGACGAGAAGGAGGACGACGAAGGAGUAUGAAAGGAGGUGGAGGUGCGGGUCGGUAUAAAAGGGUCGCAUCGCGACCGCCUCGUCUGUUUUAACACUCUCACCGGGCCGCUCGGUGGAUCGAUCGGUGGAAGAACCGGGACGUAUACGCGUGUCAUCGUCGUCGAUUGUCGAUCAUCAACCCUUCGAAAAGACUCGAAAAGACGAGUAGAAAAGGAGAGUAGAGAAAGCAAGAGAGAGCCAUGAGAUUAGCGGCAGUGCUGACGUUGCUGUGCUGUCUGGCGAUAGGGGCACUUGCCUCACCGGUGCCCAAGAUCGCUGAUAGUAAGGUGUCGACUCAGAAUGUCGUCGCGACCGGCAGGCAAUCGCCUGCAGCGCCAGCCACCACCAGCGAUGACGACGACGACGAUGAUGACGAUGACGACGAUGUCGAUUUAGAUAUCACUGACGAUGACGACGACGACGACGACGACGAUGAUGAUGACGACGAUGACGACGACGAGGAUGAUGGUGAUUACUUGGAGCGUUUCAUUGAAGACAUACUUGGAGGAGAAGACGAUGACGAUGACGAUGACGAGGACGAAGCUUCCGCUUCGCCGGUUGCACCCGUUGCACCCGCUGCAACACUUGCACCAACCCCCGUCAAUCAGCCGCAGGUGCCGCUCGCCGUGGCGGCUGAUCUGAAUCAGGCAGCCGCCGAGGAUGUCGCGGAAGAUGCGGCAUCGAGCGAGACUGGCUCCGAGGACGAUGCCGGCAGCUACGAGGACGAAGAGACGGCUGACGCCGAGGCCCAGGGUGCAUCCAACCUGCACGAGUCGACGCUCGAAGGUGCCGAGUCCAUCUCGAAUCCGGUAUCAGUCCAGGCCAUUGGGGCGGCGUCGCCCGGCGCCGUCGCGGCGGCAACUCCGACUAGCGACGAGGACGACGAUGAUGACGACGAUGAUGAUGACGAUGUUGACCUGGAUAUCACGGAAGACGAUGACGACGACGACGAUGACGAUGACGACGAUGAUGACGACGACGAUGACGACGACGAAGUGGAUGAUAUCACCGAUAUCGCCGACGCUAGGCACGCACGUGGCGUGGAUUCCGAACCGAGCGGUCACGUGCCGGCAAUUUACGUGGCGAAGUACAAUCGUUUUGUCGAUAAUAUUCUCGGCAAAAUCAAUAACAUUCUACGAGCCAAUUAUGAGCCAGUGACUGUAAAACUGACGAAUCCGAAUUCAGCCAAGGCGAGCAAGAAUAAGAACAAAAGCAAGAGGAAGGGCAACAAAAAUGGCACCAAGAAGAGUGCAUCAAGACCGAUCGAUGCGUCUGUUGUUACCGAAAGAACCGAAAAUGAAAACGACGUCGAGAAAAUCACACAGACUACUGAGUCAAUCAUAACGCAAACGGACGUGACGGAAAAAGAGCUAAUCUCACCGGAAUCUCGCAUAGAAAUCAAUAUGAGAUCCAAUAACAGACGUGCGUCUAACAACAAGAACUCCAGCAAAAACCGCAAGCGAACGAAGAAUAGGACGAAGGCUCAAAGCAGCAACAAGAACAAAACCAAGUCUAAAAGCAAACCAAAAGCGAGAGCCACCCUGUACGGACUGGCAUCUUUGCAGAGGACAGGCGACGUGUCGGUGAACAUGAUGAGCGAUCACACGACGAUCAAGACCAAGUUCAGUCUGGGACCGCUAGUGCUGAAGGUUGAAAAGGAGUUCGGUCGUGCUGCGAAGAAGGAGCUGAGAAGCGCGACCGCCACCACGGCCGAGAUGUUUGGCAAGCUGAGUCUGCGUGUGCUGCACGGCGGUGCGGCGACGCUACAUUCUAUUCGCGUUUUGCAACCUAAACAGGUUCGAGUGGAAAGCCAGGACGACCACGACAGAACGCGGGAGUUCGUAUGGAAGAGGUCGUCGCAUAUCGCGCAUUUGGUGUCGCAAAAACUUUCCUCGGCCACCAGGUCGAUGCUACGACCGCCGCCAGUUUCACCUUAAGCUGCAUCAUACUCCUGCCGCAUACUUGAUCCAACUUGGAAACCGCCAGUAAUCGCCGAUCAAAGUAGGGAUUCGAUUCACGAUGAAUCCUCCAUUGAGGACCGAAUGUAACCGCGAUGCCUAUUGCCAUCGCGCUCAAUCGUUUUAACGGGGUGAUACAUCUGUCAUCGAGUCGCGAAAGCUGCACCGUAACUUCGGCGGUCUGGAACUACUAACUAUAAUUGGAUUCUUAUUAAUAAAUCGAUUUCUUUCACUUGCGAGAUAAGCAAAAGCAAUCGCGAGAGAAAGCAACGAAGCAUAUACAGUGUCCCACUUGUGCACCGCGCGUUUUUUUUUGGUUUUUUUUUGGAUAGUCGCUCGUUCAAUUCGGAGUCGAUUUUUCCUUGAUAAUUUACAGUCGAUAAAAUCAAUUCGUCAAAAUAAAAAGUCGGUAAGUUGCAGUUUAGAAAAUAAAUGACAAUAUUACAUUUAAUUAAUUUUACAUUUCGCUGUUACUUUACUGUUAAAAAUAAAAUCAAUGUCAAUUUCUCUCCAACUAUUUUCGCUAAGAAAGAUCGAUUCCUUAUUCAGGAAAAAUGUGGCAAAAGAGGGACGUUCUAUGUAAUAUGAAUUUCAUGUUGGAUCAAUUUCGGCUGUACUUUAUUUAUUAUUUAUUUAUUUAUUUGUCAUAUAGUUUGUAAUUUGCCUUCAGAAAGUCUGAUAUAUGUACUCUAGAAAUGUGGUUAUAUGUCGAAAUAUGUAGAUGCAAGCCAUUAUAUGAGUUAGAUCAUUUUAUUUAGAUUAAUGUAAAAGAAAUCUGUUGCCAGAAUAUUAGAGUACAGAAUGUAUGCAUGAAAAAUGUGUUUAUUUUUAUACCACCCGAACCUUUCCUCCUUUCACUUUACGAAAAAAAGAAUUUCGUAUCUCCAUUGUAUUUUGAUUUCAACCAUGCAAUUUAUGCGAAAAAAUUAAAAUAACAUGCAUCUAAAAAUAUAAAAAUAGUUUUAACAUAAUAUUGCAAUACUAUGUAAAAGAAGAAACACUCUAUAUACUCGUAUAUCAUAUAUCAUUUCAGAUAAGAUAUGCGUUUGGUGUACAUGUCGCGAUAAAAAUUAAAUAAUCUUUAAAUUAAGCACACUUAAGUAACGAUAUACACAGAGAGAAGAUUUCUCAACUUUCAUUAGAAAGGAAAUUUUAUCUCAGCAGUCCUCAUUAUAAUGAGGUUGCACCGUUACAUUAUUACAAAUAUUGUUAUACGAAAAAUGCGUUUAUUGCGUUUAUUGAUAUUGCGCUAUAAAAUAUCUUUGCAUUUCUUCGGCUUUGUUUAAAUGUUAAAAAUAUAUAUGCUUUCCGUUUUAAAUUAAUCAAAGCUUGUCUUUAAUAACAUACUUUGAUUAUUUUGAUUUAAAGAGGGAAUCUUUAUAUAGAUAAGAUUCUCGUCUGCAAGUUAGUGCGAUAUAUAGUGUCGUCUCGCUGCCAGAAAUAAACACAGAUUUACAUA